AUGCGCUUCAAAGCGCAAAUCCAGAAUAUCACGACUUUCAAUAAGUUCGUCGCAUCGUUGGCCUCGAUAGGACCCAUCGCCUGGGUCCGCCUCGAUGAGGAGCAUGCUCGAUUCACGGUGAUGCCAGAGCAGGGCACGCAGGUUUGGGCGGUUCUCGCAAUUGACACCAUCUUCGGCCAUGAGUACUCCAUCCAGUCCAAUGCGGAUAACACCAUCAACCUCGAAGUUCCCCUUGGAUCGUUACAGCGCGCCCUGAAGUCCGCUCUCCAGGCCCAUUCGGCCUCCAUUCGUCUCACGAAGAAAGACGGCCGUCCGAUCCUCUCCAUUACCAUCCAUCGCACCACUGGUCCUUCAGCAUCCCUCGCGGGCAAUGCCCCUGUCGGCGAUACCGACGACUUCGGUGGCGUCCCCGUCCCCCUACAAUGGGGCACCUCCGACCGCGAAACCGUCAUUACCCAAGACGUCCCCAUCCGCAUCCUCAGCCAAGCCACCGUCGAAGGCCUUCACGAGCCGCGCUGCCGCGAUCCCGACGUGCACAUCCUGCUCCCUCCCCUGGCGCAGCUCAAAGCCGCCAGCGACCGCUUCACCAAGCUCGCGCUGAGCACGCCGUUCACGGGUCCCGGGCCGCGGCUGGAGCUCGCGGCGAACAUGCAUGGGUGCCUGCGGCUGCGGGUGGCGGCGGACGCGAUCGAUAUCAAGAGCGUGUGGACAGGGUUGGUGAAUCCGGAGCUGGAUCCGGGGGAGGUGGAGGGCGGGGAGGGCGGGGUGGAGGGCCAUCCGAGUACGCGGAUGAGGGGAUUAGGGGAUCCGUUGGGGAGGAGGGAGGAGGGGUGGGCGACGGUGAGGAUUGAUGGGCGGGAUUGGGGGAAGGUGAUGAGUGUGGGGAGGCUUGGGGGGAGGGUGAUUGCUUGCUUCUGUCACGAGUCGGCGCUGAUUCUUUACGUCUAUAUGCCGGAUGAUGAGGGUCGGGAGGAUUCGGUGUUGACGUAUUAUAUCAGUUCGUACAGCAUCUGAGCAUGUCGAUCGGCGUAUAUCGGUGCCUGAAAGUCGGGAUGGUCAUGGGUUGCUGGAGUGCCCAAAGAGACCUGCAGACCCAAUCAUUAAGCGCCCGAAUCGAACGGUCUAUUCA